GGCUACGGUCAAGGAAAUGGAAGUGGCUCGUAUGGUGGACAGAGUUAUGCUGGUUAUGGACAGUCUGGUAUGUUCAACUUAUAGAGAGUCAUGGGAAAUGAUUUGAGGUCUAGAAGUUGCUGUUUUUAAUACAUAACAUUUCCCUUUCUGUUUCUCCAGCAGAGGGUUAUGGCCAAACAACACAGGCGGCAAGUUAUGGCCAGCCUGCCUAUGAUGGCUAUGGGCAACAAGGCUCGGAUACCGCUGCUGGGUAAGGCCACUGGCACUACAUAAAACUAGUGUUACUUGCAGUUGCGUACUUUACCUUUCUACUGGUCUAAUAUCAUUGCAAAUGUUACCUUUCAGUAAUAUGUUUUGUUCAUUAUUAAACUCUUUGUUGGUGUCUCAAGAGAAUAAUUGUGAAAACUUCUCAAGGUAUGGUGGUGCUGACAAGUCGUCAUUCAGUCAGCCAAGUUCCUAUGGCGGUGCCGACGGUGGCGGCUCUUAUGGACAAUCUCAAGGCGGCUACAGAGGUCGAAGUGAAGGUUAGUUAUUGUAUCCAUUUAUAUAUUACAUGGCACUGAUUUUGAAUGAUCAAUUGUCCAGAUGGCCUGCAAAGGUCUGCAUACUUUUUUUUUUUGGUCUGAGGAUCAGCAAUUCAUAGCGGUCUUUGGCCAAGACUGAUCUGCCAAAGUCUGGACUGUUUAAGUAUGGCUGAAUGCCUCUAAUAAUAAUAAAUCACUUUUCAUUGCAGAAUAAUCUCGUACAUAUAAAACAAAGUGCCAUACAUAUAAAACAGGAAAUACAAACGUGUUCAAAGAAAGACAACACCACAUAACUCAAAGGGCUUGUGUGCCUGUGUUUUGCCCCAGGUGAAGGCGGUCAGGGCAGGAGGUAUGGUGGAGAUGAUGGGGGCUCAGACAGGGGCUCUUCUGACGGGUAUAGAGGCCGAGGGCGUGGUGGGUACGAGCGUGGGGGAUACGACAGGGGUGGAAGAGGCGGCCCUCCAUCCGGUAUGGGGUAAGUUCCAGAGCGUGACCACCCGCAAGGUACUUCUGCAACACCCAUGCCAGGUAGAUGUUCCUUCCAACGCAAUGCAUGAUAUAAACCAUUCUGAUCCAUCAUCCCAUACCUCAUACAUCCAGACCCCCCCCCCCCCCCCCCCAACCUAUUUUCACCUGGGAUGUGCUUAGGGCUGGGCGAUAGGGCCUAAAAAUCGUUUCAAAUUUUUCCAAACAAUGGACGAUUCAUGAGGUACAUCUUGAUUUUUAAAGUUCUCUAAAUAAGCUUUGUUGCGCAAUUGAAGGUCAAUACACUGCAUUUCAAACGGUCAGGAAUAAUUAAUGAAUUCAGGGUUUGUAAAAUUAUACUUAGACUGAAUGUAAGCCUUCCACAACCAUAAGACCUACUAAUAAUUUAAUUAUUUUAUCAUAAAUAGUUUAACCAGCUUUUUUUGCAAUCAACACUGAUCUGGCUUUAAAGACUGUCUAUGAAAAUCCAACUUUUGUUACAAAUUUAACAAGAACAGUGCACAUCCACUAAUUAUGACCAACUUCUUGUAACAGGCAUUAUAGCAAAUGAACAAAGGGCUCAAGCACAAGCCCACGUGCUAGUGAGUAGCCAGCUGAUCUUUAUAUUUCAAGUCUAGCCAACUUUCUUGCUAACAAGGUAGAACAGUUGAACUGUUAUGAAUCGACCUGCCUGUCCAUCUCCAACUGUUUGAACAACAGCCUGCCUGUUCACUUUGUUUAGAUAUUGAAAUCAAGUGGCCUACCUGAAUAAGAAGAUGCUUAUUUCUCAGAAUGAGAAUGAGUUGCCAAUUCCGUUAUAUAUAUGUGUAUUUUUAUGCUCACUGCACAUUUAUGAAACAGACCAGACAGGUAGCACAUAAGUCUGUGGGAAAAAUUAUGCUAGCGGUACCGCAAUGCUGUGCGCGCGACAAAACUAUUUUGUUAGACCAAACCUCAAAUGCAAAUAGCGUGUUUAAACUUCUUCCUCUGACAACAAGCAGUUAUCCAUCUUCUUUGUUGUGAGUGACAGGGGGAGGGGCUUGGUGUUUGAGUGGGAAGGAGCGAAGGAGACGAGACCAAAAACACACAACGCUCAUAAAAACGAACAAAAAUAAAAACCUUAAUUCUUGCAAUGCAGGUAUUUGGAACAUCGAGUUAAAACAUAAAUUAGAUAUCGCCCAGCCCUAGAUGUGCAGGAGGUUUCACCCUGAGGGUUCACUCAUACAAUUUGAAUUAUAUUUCUAUGGUUUCAAUGACCUGUGAGGAUAUAACUUGUAUUCCAUCUCAAUCAUAAAUAUGCAUGUAAUGUUCUAGCUGAUUAUGGCCUUGCUAGCAAAUGGCAGUAAAUGAAGCUCAAAAGGCUUGUGGGACAGAUGACAUGGUGGGGUGUCUGCUGCUGACACCUGUGGUGCAAGGAGUUCAGUGGACACUGUUCACCUGACCCCCUUUAUGAAUUACAUAGGGUUAUGAGGAUUAAGUCACUUCACCAGCCAAGGAUCCUGUAGACCCCAGCUUUUGUACAUCUUCAUUAACAAGGCUGUUGAAUAUAAUAGUCAGGACAUUCAUUCGCUUGCCAGUGAUCGGUUCACAUUGCUAUCUCUACAAGAGCAGUUCUGAAAAACGUUUUGUAUUUGACAAGCAAUUAUAGAUCUUGGCCAAGUAGCUUUAAGUGUAGAGGACCUUUAGCCUAAACCAUUAUUUUAGCAAGAUUACUUAUUUUAUCCAUGGCUAUCAUUUGAAAUUGAGACAUUAUUUGUAACUGGAAGCUUUUAACAACCACGUUAGUAAUGGCAUUGAAUAACGAGUACAGUAGUUCUGCUGCAGUGCUGUCACAUUCUCAAAAUUGCUGACAAUCUAGAUUUCAUUUGACAUGGUUCCUGACAAGUAAUAGACAUCAGAGGCAGGUUUGAAUGCUUCAGCACAUGUAUAUCAAACGUGGCCUCAAUCUAAGAUCUGCUACGAUGGGUGCUAUUUGCUAAUGAAAACCAUUAAUUGUCUCUGCACAGUUAAGACUAUUCUAGCCGAUCUCAAGGAGUGAAGAUUAUUUUUGCACCCCCCCCCCACCCUUGUUGCUUUGAGAACCGCCUCAUGAACGACUGAAACAAUCCCCCAGAGUGAUCUGUUCUUGAAGUGACCUUAUUUUAACAAGUUAAACCCAAGGAACAUUGUAAGCUGCUGUACAUCAACAGGUUUCAUUUAAGUGUUGUAUAUUUGACAUGGAGACAUUUGCAUUGUGUUAACUUUGGAUCUACAUUUUAUACUACAGGUUUCAGUGAAUGAAAUAAAACUUGGACCUCAGCUAAUGGAGCUCAUAUAAGCACUCAAUGGAAGAACACUCGACUUGUCGAGUGCCGCAGCUAUUCAAACCAUUUCGACCUAUCAGUACCUUUUAUCCAAAAACAUUAGCCAACUGAAUACUCUAAGCUAAUCUGGUCUUUGUAGCAAUCUAAAUUUACACAUUAGCCAUAAGUGCCUCUUCACUCAUCAGAACCUACCUGGGAGUUCUGCCUAGUUUUGUCCAUUGAUCUUAAAACGUCCAAGAAUAACACUUUCCCAUGUAAGUGGGGAGAAAUUUCCACGAUAGUCGCACACCAUGGCAGGAGUGCAUACUGAUGGGGAUGUAGGGGAGCUUUGAGCUCUGUUGGGACAAAGGAAACCCAUCAUAUCUACAAUUUUUCCUCUGCAGAGGUGGUGACCGUGGUGGCUACAAAAAUUACGGUGGUAAGUGACGAGCAUCAGAACUGUCUCGGUUGGGGAGGAAAAAGGUUGAUUAGCAAAAGGGAGUGAGAAAGAAAGCAAAACAAACUGAAUGCCACCCUUUUCUUGUCCAAACCUCAAGGGCCUCCACCUAUUGUUCUUAUGGAGGGGGUUUUCUCAUAAAUGCUCUUUAGAUCUUUUAGCACAUGAAGCAUAAAGUUUAUACAUAAUGAUAUUGUUGCAUGAGGACAAGGUUGAAUGUAAAUUACAAAGAUGAGAAGUGUGCUGUGGCGAAGAAGGAAACUGUCUAGAAACGGGAGGUUUUUAUUUUUUUAUUUCUCUUCUAAACUCAAACAUUUCUGCCCAUGUUGCAAGGUGUUGAUAUAAAUGAUGCAACUGUCUCGAAACACUGCAGCAGAGAGCUGUAAACUGCCUUAUUCGAAAUGUUUUAAAGUAGCUUCAUGCAUACACUGUAUUGGUAGAGAGUUGAUUAAUUCUUGUUUGUAUGGAUGUUGAAUGCAGUUGUGUAGUGUACGAAGUGCAAUUUCUAAUGGCUUUCCCCACCUUUCCCGUUUGUUGUGUUUCAGGUCCUCGAGACUACGGCUCAAGGGAUGAACCAAGUGAGUUGCACAUGCUUGUUUGCUUCUUGUUGCCCUGAAAUUCUAUCUAUGGUUAGACUCUUCCUGCAAUCAUGCCAGACGAACACUGACCUAUAGUCUCUCACAAGCAAAUGCCACAGAACAACAGGCUGGUUCAAGGGAUGCAUCUGCUGAGUAGUACCUCGAUGUUUGUCCCCAGGUGGAGGUAGCGGCGGUAGCCAAGGUAGCGGCAGCGGCGGGGAGCAGGACAACUCUGACAACAACACCAUCUUUGUCCAGGGACUGGGAGAAGACGUCACAAGUGAUGAAGUGGGCAACUACUUCAAACAGAUUGGGAUCAUUAAGGUAUGGAUUGGCAACCCCUUAGCCCUUACCCAAUAAGGCGUAGAUACUUCAUGUAAGUGGACAUGGUAGAGAGCUGUUCCGCUAAUACCGUCCUUUACAGAAAGUUGUUAGACUAUAGAUUAGUAGGCCAAUGUUAAUUAGUCAGUUAUUGAUCUGUCCUCUUGAUAUAACUGUAUAUCAACAGUAGGCUGCUAAUGAUGUGAUAAUAGUCAGUUCACCAAUGACAAGGCAUGUUGAAUGAAUGUUAGCCUAGUAGCUAGUCAGACCUAACUUGAUGGAUAUCUAAAACAAGCUCAUAGGCCUAGUUGAUUCAUAUUCCAAAUAGCCUACAGUAAGCUAGACUACUACAUUGUAUCCAGUAAUUUAAUUAUUCAGAAUUGUCUCCCAAACAAAAUGAAGACUGGAUUGCUAAAAUAUGUGAUUAAGUACCACACUGCCUCAACACGUAGCGGAUAUUCAUUUUUUCAUUAUAUUAAUACGUUUAUCGGGGGGGGGAAAACGAUGUAGUACUUUGAAUUGAAACUCCAUUGUUCUGUUACAUGUAGUGGCUUUAUAUAGUAUUUUCCAUAUUCCCCCAACUCUCCUCUGAUAUUUGCACCUGUAAUUCAACCUGUCAUGUUCCUAAGAUUAUCUAAAGAAAGUAUUUGCAUGAUAAGGAUAUUGAUUUAUACAUUUGAAACGGUUCCGAUGUUGUCCACUUGAUGAAGUAAUUCAAUAAUCUCGUCAAUAGGAGUAAUCAUUUUUUGUAACAAUCGUUUUUUAACAAUGAAUUGCCUUACUUGAAGGUACCUAUGAAAAUUUGUUUGGGAUAUAAUUAAUUCCUCCUGGAUUUCUUGAAAUUAUAAAAACAAAUUGACUCUACAAAGCCCUCUCUCUUCCCAUUCCCUAAAUCCUUGGGACAUAGUAGAUUUCUACACUUUUAUUUCCAUGACUGAUCAAAAUAAAUGUUCUCAUGCUCUCUCUGCAGCCGACAUUUGGAAAGUAUUCAGACUUUUUACACAUUGUUACAUUACAGCCAUAUUCAAAAUUGAUUAAAUUAAUUGUUUUCCUCAAUCUACACGCAAUACCCCAUAAUGACAAAGCGAGAACAGUUUUCAUUGAGCUGUUUCUACAGCUUAAUUGGAGUCCACCUGUGGUAAAUUCAAUUGAUUGGACAUUAUUUGGAAAGGCAGAGUUCCUCUGUGGAGAUGGUUGUACUUCUGGAAAGUUAUCCCAUCUAUGCAGCACAUCAGGCAAUUAUGGUAGAGUGGCCAGACGAAGCCACUCCUCAGCGAAAGGCACAUAACAGCCCGCUUGGAGUUUGCCAAAAGGCACUUAGAGGACUUUCAGACCAUGAGAAACAAGAUUCCUCCUCCCAACUGCACUGAGGCUAGGAAACACUGUCACCACCGAUAAAUCUACAAUAAUCGAGAAUUUCAACAAGCAUUUUGCUACGGCUGGCCAUGUUUUCCACCUGGCUACCACUACCCCGGCCACCAGCUCUGCACCCUCCGCUGCAACUUGGCCAUGCCCCCCCGCUUCUCCUUCACACAAAUUCAGACAGCUGAUGUUCUGAAAGAGCUUAAAAAUCUGGACCCCUACAAAUCAGCUGGGCUAGAGAAUCUGGACCCUUUCUUUCUAAAAUUAGCUGCCGUAAUUGUCGCAACCCCUAUUACUAGCCUGUUCAACCUCUCUUUCGUAACGUCUGAGAUCCCCAGAGAUUGGAAAGCUGCCGCGGUCACCCCCUCUUCAAAGGGGGUGACACUCUAGAUCCAAACUGUUACAGACCUAUGGAUAUAUAUCCUGCCCUGCCUUUCGAAAGUAUUUGAAAGCCAAGUUAACAAACAGAUCACCGACCAUUUCGAAUCCCACCGUACCUUCCCCGCUAUGCAAUCCGGUUUCCGAGCUGGUCAUGGGUGCACCUCAGCCACGCUCAAGGUCCUAAACAAUAUUUUAACCGCGAUCGAUAAUAGACAGUACUGUGCAGCCGUCUUCAUUGACCUGGCCAAGGGUUUCGACUCUGUCAACCACCGCAUUCUUAUUGGCAGACUAAAUAGCCUUGGUUUCUCUAACUGUCUCGCCUGGUUCACCAACUACUUCUCAGAUAGAGUUCAAUGUGUCAAAUCGGAGGGCCUGUUGUCUGGACCUCAGGCCGUCUAUGGGGGUGCCACAGGGUUCAAUUUUCGGGACGACUCUAUUCUGUGUAUAUCAAUGAUGUCGCUCUUGCUGCUGGUGAUGCUCGGAUCCACCUCUAUGCGGACGACACCAUUUUGUAUACAUCUGGCCUUUCAUUGGACACUGUUCACAAACCUCCAAACGAGCUUCAACGCCAUACAACACUCCUUCCGUAGUCUCCAACUGCUCUUAAACACUAGUAAAACUAAAUGCAUGCUCUUCAACCGAACGCUGCUUGCACCCGCCCACCCGACUAGAAUCACUACUCUCGGCGGGUCUGACCUAGAGUAUGUGGACAACUACAAAUACAUUUACUUUACAUUUACAUUUUAGUCAUUUAGCAGACGCUUUUAUCCAGAGCGACAUACAGUUAGAGAGUGCAUACAUUAUUUUUAUACUGGCCCCCCGUGGGAAUCGAACCCACAACCCUGGCGUUGCAAACGCCAUGCUCUACCAACUGAGCUACAUCCCUGCCGGCCAUUCCCUCCCCUUCUCUGGACGACGCUCUGCCAAUUGUGCGCCGCCCCAUGGGUCUCCCGGUCGCGGCCGGCUACGACAGAGCCUGGAUUCGAACCAGGAUCUCUAAUGGCACAGCUAGCACUGCGAUGCAGUGCCUUAGACCACUGCGCCACUCGGGAGACAAUAUACAAAUACCUAGGUGUCUGGUUAGACUGUAAACUCUCCUUCAAGACUCACAUUAAGCAUCUCCAAUCAAAAGUUAGAUCUAGAAUCGGCUUCCUAUUUCUCAACAAAGCCUCCUUCACUCAUGCUGCCAAACAUGCCCUCGUAAAACUGACUAUCCUACCGAUCCUUGACUUCGGCGAUGUCAUUUACAAAAUAGCCUCCAACACUCUACUCAGAAAAUUGGAUGUAGUCUAUCACAGUGCCGUUUUGUCAGCAAAGCCACAUAUACUACCCACCACUGUGACCUGUACGCUCUUGUUGGCUGGCCCUCACUACAUAUUAGUCGCCAAACCCACUGGCUCCAGGUCAUCUAUAAAUCACUGCUAGGCAAAUCCCUGUCUUAACUUAGCUCACUGGUCACCAUAGCAACACCCACCCGUAGUCUGCGCUCCAGCAGGUAUAUCUCCCCAAAGCCAACACCUCCGUUGGCCGCCAUUCCUUCCAGUUCUCUGCUGCCAAUGACUGGAACGAACUGCAAAAAUCUCUGAAGCUGGAGACUCUUAUCUCCCUCACUAACUUUAAGCGUCAGUUGUCAGAGCAGCUUACUGAUCACUGCACCUGUACACAGCCAUUCUGAAAUUAGCCCACCCAACUACCUCAUCCCCAUAUUGUUAUUUAUUUUGCUAAUUUGCACCCCAGUAUCUCUAUUUGCACAUCAUCUUUUGCACAUCUAUCAUUCCAGUGUUAAUACGAAAUUGUAACUAUUUUGCACUAUGGCCUAUUUAUUGCCUUACCUCCAUAACUUACUACAUUCGCACACACUGUAUAUAUUUUCUGUUGUAUUUUUGACUUUGUUUUGUUUACCCCAUAUGUAACUCUGUUGUUUUUAUCACACUGCUUUGCUUUAUCUUGGCCAGGUCGCAGUUGUAAAUGAGAACUUGUUCUCAACUGGCUUACCUGGUUAAAUAAAUAAUAAAUACAUUAAAAAAAUUAUCUGGUCUGAUGAAACCAAGAUUGAACUCUUUAAUACACUGUAUGGUGAGCAAUAUGUCUGGAACAUCAAAUCGCAAUAAAAUCACAGUAUCGAAUCGCAAUACAUAUAGAAUUGUGAGAGUCGUAAUACGUAACAUAUUGGCGCCUAAGUAUCGUGAUAAUAACUUAUCGUGAGGUCCCUGGUAUUUCCCAGUCCUCAUGGCUGCCCAGAUUUGUGUCCCCGUGUUAACCUUUGUGUCCUGUUUUGAUAGUUGAACAAGAAGACUGGCUUGCCCAUGAUCAACCUGUACUCUGACAAGGCUACUGGGAGACUGAAGGGAGAGGCCACGGUCUCAUUUGAUGAUCCACCUUCUGCCAAAGCGGCCAUUGAGUGGUUUGACGGUAAGGGUGUGCUCUCUAAUCCCAUUCACAUAUGCUGUGUACAGUUCUUCUGUUCCAUUCUCAUUGAUGUCCAUUUUCUUCUAGGCAAAGAAUUCCAAGGGAAACCCCUCAAAGUGUCUUUUGCCACCAGAAGAGCUGAGUUCACGCAGAGGGGUGGCGGUGCAGGAGGAGGAGGAAGAGGAGGUGGUGGUAAGUUUCAUUCACUUUUGGGUGACAAACCAUUCAAAUGUUUGUCACCCAAACUACCCGUGGGUGUGAGUCCCAAAAACACAAGAUUGUCUUUGUGCUAAAGAUGAGCUUUCAAUCCAUUGUUAGGCAAUAGGGGUAUAACGAUUCACCGAUACGAAUCGGAAUCUGGUUCAAAUGUUUAAGAUAUAAGUGCAAAUGUAGCAUGGAUCGGGCAGUAAAACUCCAAUGGGCGGUAGGCCUAUUCCUGAUUUUUGCACAUCUGUGCAGCAUCUUCAGCAUUUAAAUGCUUGUGAAAUGGAUUGUGCAACAUUAGGCUUUAUUAGUUAAUUCACAACCAGGGCCGUGCUCAGACCUUUUGGAGGGGGCAUGUGCUCAAACAAAAGAAGGGCACUCCCCCCAAAAAAAACACGGUCACAGACUCCUUGAGGGGAAAGCAGAACAAUCUGAUUAGUGAAGUAUUUUACACAACUAUUUUGAACUGGAAUAAAUGUUACUUAUUAACCAACAGGACCAACAGAAUUCUAGUCAAAAUAGAUGUAAGAAAUAAUGUAGCCUACCAUUACUAUAUCCAACCCCACUCAUUUGUUGCCACUAUCCCAGUGGUUUGCAAACGUUUUGACCCGCGCUGCCCAAAAAGGAGUGGUACAGAAAUUGCGGACCCCCCCCCCCCCCCCCCAACAUGAAAUGUUGCAUCUUCAUCCUAUAAUAUUGAAGGCAGUGUGACGUUACAGCUGCUUAUCUUAAGACAUACGGUGCAUUCGGAAAGUAUUCAAACCCCUUCCCUUUUUCCACAUUUUGUUACGUUACAGCCUUAUUCUAAAAUGGAUGAAGUUAUUUUUUCCCCCUCAUCAAUCUACACACAAUACCCAAUAAUGACAAAGCGAAAACAGGUUUUUAGACAUUUUUGCAAAUUUAAGUGUUCAGACCCUUUGCAAUGAGACUUGAAAUUGAGCUCUGGUUUAUCCUGUUUCCAUUGAUCAUCCUUGAUGUUUCUACAACUUGAUUGGAGUCCACCUGAGGUAAAUUCAAUUGAUUUGAAAUGAUUUGGAAAGGCACACACCUGUCUAUAUAAGGUCCCACAGUUGACAGUGCAUGUCAGAGCAAAAACCAAGCCAUGAGGUCGAAGGAAUUGUCCGUAGAGCUCCAAGACAGGAUUGUGUCGAGGGACAGAUCUGGGGAAGGGUACCAAAAAACCUCUGCAGCAUUGAAGGUCUCCUAGAACACAGUGCCCUCCAUCAUUCUUAAAUGGAAGUAGUUUGGAAACACCAAGACUCCUUGAGCUGGCUGCCCGGGCAAACUGAGCAAUCAGGGGUGAAGGGACUUGGUCAGGGAGGUGACCAAGAAACCGAUGGUCUCUCUGACAGAGCUCCAGAGUUCCUCUGUGGAGAUGGGAGAACAUUCCAGAAGGACAAACAUCUAUGCAGCACUCCACCAAUCAGGCCUUUAUGGUAGAGUGGCCAGACGGAAGCCACUCCUCAGUAAAAGGCACAGGACCGCCUGCUUGGAGUUUGCCAAAAGGCACCUAAAGGACUCUCAGACCAUGAGAAACAAGAUUCUCUGGUCUGAUGAAACCAAGAUUAAACUCUUUGGCCUGAAUGCCAAGCGUCACGUCUGGAGGAAACCUGGCACCAUCCCUACGGUGAAGCAUGUUGGUGGCAGCAUCAUGCUGUGGGGAUGUUUUUUAGCAGCAGAGACUGGAAGACUAGUCCGGAUCGGGAGAAGGAUGAACGGAGCAAAGUACUGAGAUAUCCUUAAUGAAAAUCUGCUCCAGAGCACUCAGGAUCUCACCUUCCAAUAGGACAACGACCUUAAGCACACAGCCAAGACCACGCAGGAGUGGCUUCGGAACAAGUCUCUGAAUGUCCUUGAGUAGCCCAGACAGUGCCCGGACUUGAACCCGAUCGAACAUCUCUGGAGAGACCUGAAAAUGGCUGUGUAGUGAUGCUUCCCAUCCAACCUGACAGAGCUUGAGAGGAUAUGCAGAGAAGAAUGGGAGAAACUCCCCAAAUACAAGUGUGCCAAGCUUGUAGCGUCAUACCCAAGAAGACUCAAGGAUGUAAUUGCUGCCAAAGGUGCUUCAACAAAGUACUGAGUAAAGGGUCUGAAUACUUAUGUAAAUGUUAUGUCUUUCAAUUUGCGAAAAUGUAUAAAAAAACAGUUUUUGCUUUGUCAUUUUGGGUGGGGGUUAUAUUACCACUGAAAAGGGGCACUUUGGAGACGGGAAGGGCAAAGGGGCGUGUGCUCUGCACAGGUAGAGAGCCCCAUCUGUGCGUGUGCUUGGUGACAACCAAUGUAAUUUGCUAGGUAAUUGUCAUAAACUGUAUGCACGCAUGACUGUAAGUCGCUUUGGAUAAAAGCGUCUGCUAAAUGGCUUAUUAUUAUUAUUAUUAUUAUUAUUAUUAUAAAAUUUUAACGGAAUCAAAGUAUGCUACCGGAGACACUACUCAUCUGCAGAUCUGGGCUUAAAUCAUUUAGAUUUUAUUUGGAUUGUUCAUGUUCCCCAAUCAGUGUAUUUAGUCAUUUUUAGUGUAAAGUUGAUACAUUUGUAACAAGGACAGCGAUCACUUUUGCGAGCCACACUACAUGGUCGACGCGACCGGGAAUAGAAGAGAACCUCUGAGAAAAGCUAAAUUUUAAAUGUAAAUAUUGAUACAUAACUAGCUCAAACACUUAUCUGCAAAAAUGACAAGAUAAUUAGUGGGUGACGAGUUGAGAUCGUAAGUGGGGGGGACAGAAAGCAUAAAUUUCUCCCACCCCCUUAUCUGAGGUGGGGUGGUAGAUGCCCAGUCUCCCCUAUGGUUCAGCUCCGGUGCGUACAUACACCAUACACAAAUACAUCAUUCACUCACACACAUCUCAGAAAAGAUGGCUCUGAAAGAUCCAGCACCUGAUCGCCAUCAGCAGCAGAUUUUAAUUUAGAAUAGGAAAUUCAAGCGUUUAUGCAACCGAUGUUAGCGCAUCUAUUCGCAUCGAACAAUCUCAUAGAUUUGUUCCUCUAAUCAUACUGAAUCGCACCGCAUCGUUUCAAAUGAAAAAGUAUCUAAAUCGAAUCGUCUUGAAAUGGAAAGCUGCACGCCCCUAAUAGGUAAUGGACGAAUGAUCUUAAUGCUAAAGACUAGAUGGACAUUUUCCAUGAAGGAACAUUUUGACUUCAGCUUUUCGAAAGUAUUUUUGUGGCAGUGGAUAGGAUAGCCUGAACAUGUGAAAGAUGGUUUGGUGUCUCUAGCUUGAUCUAGGUUUGGGCAGUAUACCGGGGUAUUGCGAAAUGCUGACUGACCAGGUGAAGGCUAUGAUCCCUUAUCCCUCACUUGUUAAAUCCACUUCAAUCAGUGUAGAUGAAGGGGAGGAGACAGGUUAAAGAAGGAUUUUUAAGCCUUGAGACAAUUGAGACAUGGAUUGUUUGUGUGCCAUUCAGAGGGUGAAUGGUCAAGAAAAAAUAUUUAAGUGCCUUUUGAAUGGGGUAUGGUAGUAGGUGCCAGGUGCACCAGUUUGUUUUCAAGUUUCCCGUGUGUCUCAAGAAUGGUCCACCACCCAAAGGACAUCCAGCAAACUUGACAUAGCUGUUGGAAGCAUUGGAGUCAACAAGGGCCAGCAUCCAUGUGGAACGCUUUCGACAACUUGUAAAGUCCAUGUCCCGACGGGGGAGUGCGCACAACUCAAUAUUAGGAAGGUGUUCCUAAUGUUUGAUAUUAUUAUAAUAAUAUGCCAUUUAGCAGACGCUUUUAUCCAAAGCGACUUAGUCAUGUGUGCAUAAAUUUUUACGUAUGGGUGGUCCCGGGGAUCGAACCCACUACCCUGGCGUUACAUGCGCCAUGCUCUACCAAUUGAGCUACAGAGGACCACAAUGGCCAUUUUGAAGCUUAUCUUUCAACAACAACAAAAAAUACAAAGUUAUUUGAGAAUAUAUUUGCAAGUUAGCCGGCUAACUCCUUGAUCCUGCUUGAUAGUAUACCCCUCUGGGCUAGCUCCCUCCAAGUCAAUCGUUCCCAUGCGAUGGGCUGAUGAAGAUGAAAUCAAACAGAAAGAAGAAAACGGCGCUACAUGGAACAUACCAUUAUCUAACAAUAGGGGUAUUCAUUGUCUAUCAAACUACUGUUAAUGUGCUAGAUAUUUUACACAUUAAAUACGAACAAAGCUAUAUUCAGCACACAUGUUUUGAAGGUUACUUGGUUUCAAAUUAUUAUUAUGCGUAAGAAAAUGUAAAACAAUUAACUCAGAAGUUGGUUCAUCUCAGCAUCAGGUCAGAGUUCAUAAUUGCUGCAGUGUGUGUGCGGCUGUGCGCUGAUGUUACUGGGUUUUUAAUUUGUAGAAAAGUGAUUCAUCAAAUUUUUUUUUUUUAAGAAAAGAGAAUGGCCUCCGGUAAGUUUAGUGUGAACUAAGUUUGUGAUUUGUUCAAUGUAAUUUUUUUGUCACAUUUGUUAUAAAAAUUUUAAUGAAACUGCUGAGACUGAUGGUCUCAGUUAGCGAGCUAACGUUAGCGUUAGUUUAGCAAGGUUUCAGGUGCGACCAUCGGAGAAUAAACCCUAUCCAUAGUUUGUUUGCGAAUGUAUUACACAGUGUAAAUGUGUGUGUGUGCGUGCAUGCAUACAUACGGGGACACAGUGAAUUUGUUUUUUUGGCUCUGUACUCCAGCACUUUGGUUUUGAAAUGACCAGUGGGAAAUGACUAAAGUGCAAACUGUCAGCUUUAAUUUGAGGGUAUUUUCAUCCAUAUAGGGCGGCAGGAAGCUUAGUGGGUAAGAGCGUUGUGCCAGUAACUGAAAGGUCGCUGGUUCUAAUCCCCGAGCCGACAAGGUGAAAAAUCUGUCUGUGCCCUUAAGCAAGGCACUUAACCCUAAUUGCUCCUGUAAGUCGUUCUGGAUAAGAGCGUCUGCUAAAUGACUAAAAUGUGAACAGGUAAAAAAUUACAGCACUUUUUGUAAAUAGUUCUCCCAUUUUUAGGGGACCAAAAGUAUUGGGACAAAUUCGCCCCACGGAUAUCUAAUUAGCGUUUGUGUGCACCAUCAUGCGCAUGUUGGUUUUCUCUAUCCCCACCAGAACCUGUGCGUUCAUGACACUCAGGUUAAAAUACCAAAACCAACUAUAUACAGUUUGGGAUGGGUCAUUUAGCUAGCCUGCUGUUGCUAGCUAAGUUGUCCUGAAAAUAAACAUUGGUUUGUUAUUUUACCUGAAAUGCAUAUGGUGUUUUUUAAAAUCUUUUUUUUUUUUGCCUGGUCUUCGUAGAAUUUUGACCCAUGUUGAGUCAUACAAAAUCGUGUGUUCUCUACUCCGGCAAUUAGUCCACAGAUAAACAAACUAGGUUUCCCCUUUUUUUUCUCCUUGUUCAUUCUUCUUCUGUGGGUGUGUUAUAGUUGGCAACCAACUUUAAGGUGCAUUACCACCACCAACAAUACCGGAGUGUGACCCUCAUUCAUCUUUCAAUCACCCAUGUGGGUAUAUGCUCCUAAAAACCAAGUUCUUUUUUAGCGCCUGGUUACGAAGACGCUCGUUGCCUCGUGCGAGACGUUUGUAUGAAAUUGAGUAACAUGUAUGUGUACAUUUAUUUUGCAACACUCACACACCAACGCGGGUGGUGUGGUUAGCAUGUAUGCCAAUGGCGGCCUUUCACAUCUGCGGUGGAAGGUGGCAGAGCUACAGGGGUGUUUGUCAGGCCAUGAGAGCGCCUGAAAAUCGGUCUUUUCAAGAAAACGUUUGAAGCGUCCGAGCAGUUUGGCCUAUAAACUAAUACGACCACUAUAUGGGAAGGUGACUCUCACGUUUUGCUCUACGACCCCCACAAUUGUGGCGAGGCUCGUCUGAAGUUGGUACCGCCGAUCUGCCAACUUCUGUCUGUAGCGUCCGAACAGUUUGGGCUACACUAAUAUGACCCCUCUAUGGAAAGGUGAGACUCUCGAACAAGCACAUGUCGGUGUUGCUCUAGGACGCCCACAAGCCUCACAAGAUUCCUCUGAAGGUAGCCCAGUACCAGUUAAAACAAUGAAUGGAAGUACAGUGAUUUGAAAGUAUUCACACCCCUUGACUUUUUCCACAUUUUAUUGUGUUACAGCCUGAAUUUAAAAUGCAUUACAUUUAGAUUUUUGUCACUGGCCUAUACACAAUACCCCAUAAUGGCAAAUUGGAAUUGUUUUUUGUAAUUUAUUAGUAAGUAUUCAACCCCUUUUGACAUGGCAAGCCUAAGUAAAUUCAGGAGUACAAAUGUGCUUAACAAGUCACAUAAGUUGCAGGGACUUGGGUCUGUAUGCAAUAAGUGAUUUUUGAAUGACUACCUCCAACUCUGUACCCCACACAUACACAUUUGUGUAAGGUCCCGCAGUCGAACAGUGAAUUUCAAAUGGAUUCAACCACAAAGACCAGGGAGGUUUUGCGAAGAAGGGUACCUAUGGGAAGAAAAAAAACAGACAUUGAAUGUCCUUUUGCGCAUAGUGAAGUUAUGAAUUACGCUUUGGAUGACGUAUCAAUACACAGUCACUACAAAGAUAGAGCCUUCCUUCCUAACUCAGUUUCCGGAGAGGAAGGAAAACACUCAGGGAUUUCACGAGGCCAGUGGUGACUUUAAAACAGUUACUGAGUUUAAUGGCUGUGAUAGGAGAAAACUGAGGAUGGAUCAACAUUGUAGUUACUCCACAAUACUAACAUAAAUUACAGCAGGAAAAGCAAGCCUGCACAUAAUAACAAAUAUUCCAAAACAUUUAUCCUGUUCGCAACAAGGCUUUAAAGUAAUACUGCAAAGAAUUUGUCAAAGCAAUUCACUUUUUGUCCUGCAUACAAAGUGUUAUGUUUGGGGCUAAUACAACACAUUACUGAGUACCACUCCAUAUUUUCAAGCAUAGUGGUUGCUGCGUCAUGUUGUGGGUAGGCUUGUAAACGUAAAGGACUAUGACGUUUUUUUAGGAUAAAAAAGAAAUGAAAUGGAAUGGAGCUAAGCACAUGCAAGAACCUGGUUGUCUGACUUCCAUCAGACACUGGGAGAUUAAUUCACCUUUCAGCAGGACAAUAACCUAAAACACAAGGCCAAAUCUACAUUGGAGUUGCUUACCAAGAAGAUGGUGAAUGUUCCUGGGUGUCGAGUUACAGUUUUUACUUAAAUCUACUUGAAAAUCUAUGGCGAGAACUGAAACUGUCAAAUUGGUUGUUGAUCAAUGCUAGACGACCAGAGGUUGAAGAAUUUUGAAAAGAAUGAGAACGUUGCACAAUUCAAGUGUGGAAAGCUCUUAGAGACUCACCACUGUAAUCGCUGCCAAAGGUGCUUCUACAAAGUAUUGCCUCAGGGGUGUGAAUACUUAUGUGAGAUCUGUAAAUUUGCACACAUUUAUAAAAACAUGUUUUCACUUUUGUGUGUAGAUGGGUAAGAGAAAAAAAUCGAUGUAAUCCAUUUGGAAUUCAGGCUGUGACGCAACAACAUUUUGACUAAGUCAAGGAGUAUGAAUACUUUCUAAAGGCACACAUAUGGAAAUAGUUUAGUGCCAAAAGUUUUAUAUGGGUAAAAAUAUGAAUAAUUUCCUGAUCUUUCUCUCAGAUAUAGGACAGACACUUUAAAACAAACUUCCUUUUGAUUUAUUUUGACAUGUAUGAAUCUGUCAUUCAAUGCAUUUCUAUGGGUUACUAGCAGGAAGGCAAAAUUCAAGGAGGGCAACAAUUCUAAAUCAUAUAGCUAAAUGGUCCUUGGUAUGACCAUCUUCAAACAGCAAAUGCAUCCAACAAAUGUGUACAGUCACAAGCUUGAUGUAGUCAUUGCGUGCUAUGACUGGGACCAACUACUUCACUUUUUACUACUUUAAUACACAUGAAUUUGGUCCAAUACUUUUAGUCCCCUAAAAUUGGGCAGGGGGUGUACAAAAACUGCUGUAAUUUCUGAACUGUUCACCUGAUUGGAUGAAAAUACCCUAAAAUUAAAGAUGAGUCUGCACUUUAACCUCAUAGUGAUUGUAUCAUUUAGUGUUCUUUUUUUUUUAUUUAUUUUUGUAAUUUUACCCCCUUUUUCUCUUAAAUUUUGGUGAUUUCCAAUGGCGAUUUUAAAUUACGAUCUUGUCUCAUCGCUGCAACUCCCCAACGGUCUCGGGAGAGGCGACGGUCGAGUCAUGCGUCCUCCGAAACCUGACCCGCCAAGCCGCGCUGCUUCUUAACACCCACUCGCUUAACCCGGAAGCCAGCCGCAUCAAUGUGUCAGAGGAAACACAGUUCAACUGACGACUGAGGUCAGCUUGCAGGCGCACGGCCCGCCAUAAGGAGUCGCUAGAGCAUGAUGAGCCAAGUAUUACAUUUACAUUUACGUCAUUUAGCAGAUUUGCCUCGUGCAGUGCGACACAUCUCCUUCGCAUAGUUGAUUAGGCUGUUGAUUGUGGCCUGUGGAAUGUUGUCCCACUCCUCUUCAAUGGCUGUGCGAAGUUGCAGGGUAUUGGCAGGAACUGGAACAUGUUGUCGUACACGUCGAUCCAGAGCAUCCCAAAAAUGCUCAAUGGGUGACAUGUCUGAGUAUGCAGGCCAUGGAAGAACUGGGACAUUUUCAGCUUCCAGGAAUUGUGUACAGAUCCUUGCGACAUGGGGCAGUGCAUUAUCAUGCUGAAACAUGAGGUGAUGGCAGUGGAUAAAUGGCAUGACAAUGGGCCUCAGGAUCUCAUAACGGUAUCUCUGUGCAUUCAAAUUGCCAUCGAUAAAAUGCAGUUGUGUUCGUUGUCCGUAGCUUAUGCCUGCCCAUACCAUAACCCCACCGCCCCCAUGGGACACUGUUCACAACAUUGACAUCAGAUACCGCUCACCCACACAACGCCGUACACGCUGUCUGCAUGCUGUCUGUUAAACUGGGAUUAAUCCGUGAAGAGCACACUUCUCCAGCGUGCCAGUGGCCGUCAAAGGUGAGCAUUUGCCCACUGAAGUCAGGUACGGUGCUGAACUACAGUCAAGUCAAGACCCUGGUGAGGACAACGAGCAUGCAGAUGAGCUUCCCUGAGUCGGUUUCUGACAGUUUGUGCAGAAAUUCUUUGGUUGUGCAAACCCACAGUUUCAUCAGCUGUCCGGGUGGCCGAUCUCCAAUAAUCCCGCAGGUGAAGAAGCCGGUUGUAGAGGUCCUGGGCUGAUGUGGUUACAAGUGGUCUGCGGUUCUAAGGCCUUUUGGACGUACUGCCAAAUCCUCCAAAACGAAGUUGGAGGUGCUUUAUGGUAGAGAAAUUAACAUUCAAUUCUGACAACAAAUAUGGUGGACAUUCCUGCAGUCAGCAUGCCAAUUGCACGCUCCCUCAACUUGAGACAUCUGUGGCAUUGUGUUGUGUGACCAAACAUUUUAGUGGCCUUUUAUUGUCCCCAGCACAAGGUGCACCUGCGUAAUGAUCAUGCUUUUUAAUCUGUUUAUGCCACACCUGUCAGAUGUGUUAUCUUGGCAAAAGAUAAAUGCUUACUAACAGGCAUGUAAACACAUUAGUGCACAAAAUCUGAGAGGCUAUUUGUGCAUAUGGAACAUUUCUGCCAUCUUUUAGUUCAGUUCAUGAAACAUUGGACCAAUACUUGUUGCGUUUUAUAUUUUUGUUCAGUAUAGUUGUUUACAUGCGUGAUAGCCUACACUUGUCUGUCCAAUUUAUGGCACAUGAUGCGACUUAAAGUCUUGGGUGUCUUCUUAUGACAUGCAUUAUUUGAAUUAGAUGCACAGAAUUAUACCUAGGAGGAGCGGCUUCUAUGGAGGAACUUUGAAGGUUCUUUGAGCUAGCGAGGUAACUAACAAUCUUUAGUUAUCUAGCUAACAAGCUUGUGUGUGCAGAGCGGCACCAUAAUUAAAAACACGUCUUACCUUUUUGUAGUUUAUAAAUCCAUUGUGAAACAUAACUAGGCCUAUAGUAUCCUUAACCAGCAUUGAAAAAGUUAAUCCAUUCUUCUCUAGCUAAUUAAAAAUCGCUCUCCCCAUCUUCUGAAUCAAGCUUGUAACUACAGUACUGUAGCCUAUACUGGGGAGGGGCAGGUAGCCUGCACACGCACUGGCAAAGAUUUUCAGCUUGCAUGCAGACACAGGUUUCUGAGUGAAAGAGGGCUUUCCAUAUGUGCUUUGUUGCAUUUUGUUGUGAGAAUAGGUAAAAAAAAUGCCUGAAGCGUAAAAUAACGGUUCUGUUCCGGAACAGUAUGGAUCACUUUCGUUCCAGGUUCCAUUUAUGUUCCUUAAAAAUGUAUUGUUCUGUUCCCCUGAACCAUUUCCAACUCCGUUUUUAUAAUGCAUGUAAGGAUAUUGGUCUAUAGAUAUUGUACACCCAAGUUUUGGAGAAAUCUGUUUAUUGUUGUCAAAAGAUGUUGAAACAUUUAUACCAUUUUCAAAAUGGUGGAUGAUCCAUCACGGUGACAUCAUUGGUCCAAGAGGCAAAUUUGUUAUUUGGGAAGAGGAACCGAUGUGCCAAAUUCCAAGACUGUAGGUUGAACGAUGAGGUGGGGCUGACCUUUUUGAAGUCCAAGGUGGUUCAUAGCGCCACCAUUUGGCAGUUGCACCACGUGUAACGAGAUGUAUUCAUGCAUCAUUUUACACCAUCCCACCAAGUUUGAUCUCUGUAGGUCUUACCAUUUCAGACCUAUAGCUCUCCAAAGAAAAGAAAAAAAUACUCAACCAUUUAUAAUGGGGUUCCAGCCUUUUCAUCAUUACUCUAUUGUUCUAAAUUCAAUCACCCUCUUCAUCAUCAUUUUUGCCUGUGAGUAUCCAUGGCAAUGGCUCGAUUUGGUGUGCUCAAUGACGAGGCAUGAGAGCUGUUAGCUGGCGUUAGCUAGCUACUUUGUCACUCAAUACCGAGAAACAGCUGUAACUUUUGAUUGGUAGUAGAUAAUUCUUUUUCUGAUUCUUGAUUUGAAUAGCAGAAAAGUAGACCAAGAUGUCAUACCCUCUAAGUUUAAUUCUAAAGUCCUGUGACAGUUGUCAAUUUCACGUGUUUGGGGAAAAAUGUGAUGCGGUUACUGAAACCGCUGUAUUGGUAGCAGAUAUUUUUUCUGAUUUGAAUAGCAGAGAAUUAGAUGAAGAUUUCAUACGCUCUUAACGUUUUGGGGAAGUGGUCAAUUUCAGUUUUAAAAAAACGUUAGAGAAAAUGUUGAUGCGGUUAGUAAAAUAGCUGUAUCGUUUGAUCGUUAAACAUUUUUGUUCAGAUUUGAAUAGUAGAGGAAAAUGUUAUACACUAACUUUUUAUGUUGUUCACAAAGUGGUCAAAGUAGCUGAUUUGUGCCAAGUUGCAUUAUUGCAUUUACAGUGAAUGGAAUGUUGGAAGUCGUCACAAUGGGACCUUUAGAAUGCUGAAAAAAGUCCCAUGAAAGUGAAUUAAGAUGGACAAAAAGCUUAGUGGUUUAAAAAGUACAGAAGAUAUCAAAGUUAUAUACAAGCAACUCCAUCCUGACCGGUCUACACGUUUUAAAGUUUGAAUGGCGUUUCUAGCUUAAACGGUGUACGAGGAGUAGCGUGCUAAAGAAUAACUAUAAGAAAUAUGUAAAAGAUUAAAAGUGGGGACUCUUGCUUCCCAAGCCCAAAUAAUAACUAGAAGUCAGAAAUAUGUGGUACAAUUUAAAGUGUGGCUGCUUUUGCAAGCCACAAUAAUUAUUUGUUUCUGGGAAAUUACUUUCCCAUAAAUGGGUUUUUGGAACCCAUUUGUUGAAGCUAGGCCUUCAGAGGUCUUUUGUCCCUUGCACUUAAAUAAGUGGUGUUUGAUGUGUCUCUUUUAGGUUUUGGCGGCCGUGGUCGUGGACGUGGGUUUGGAGGAGGAGGUGGUGGUGGUGGUGGUGGACCCAACUUUGACAUCAAGGGAGGGGACUGGCCAUGUCCUAACAGGUAUUUAUUGCAAUAUUUUAUUUGAAGCGGGGCAGACACAAUUGAGUCAUCCAUUGCACAUUGUAUGUGCCACUGAAUUCUGUUCUGAUAUGGAAUGGCUACAUCUUUGAAUGUGAUGGUUGACAAUUGUUCCCCUUUUCAGUUCUUGUGGCAACAUGAACUUUGCGCGUAGAUACGAAUGCAACAAGUGUGGCACACCGAAACCAGGGGACAGCGGAGGAGGUAUGUGAUGAUGGAUAUUGCUAUGAGCCUUUUGUAGAGAGAACUGGGUGUCAGGUACACUAUAGGGGGUAGUUGAGUAAUUUAACCACUAAUACUAUAAACUAUUAUUACUGCUGUGUAGGAGAACUUGCUCUAAUGGCUGGUUUGUGUUUGCAGAUCGUGGUGGAGGCAGAGGAGGGUAUGGUGGUGACAGGGGCGGUGGCUACAGAGGGCGUGGGGGAUUCCGUGGAGGUGACCGCGGUGGUGACCGCGGUGGUUAUGGCGGAGGUGGAUAUGGUGGUGACAGGGGCUACAAGAUGGGAGGAAGGUAAAUUUGAUUAGUGUCAUUUCCCUCCCAUGCAGUUAGACAUUUGACCAGAAGAUGGCAUACCUGAGAUGUGAAAGUGAACUGUAGAAUAUUGAAUUAGGGUUACUUUUUUGUCUGAUUUUGCUCUAAUAGUAAUAUAAUUUACUAUGGGUCUAUUGUUUUCCCCCUUCUUCCCUCAGAGGUGACCAUAGAGAAGACAGAAGAGACCGGCCAUACUAAGCAUUCACAUGGACACCAUUCCAGAAUGCCCAGGGGUUGGGGUUGGGUUAAGGGGAAGGGAGUGGGGGGAUUGAUCUACACUUUGAUUUGCAUACCUUUCAUUACCAAUGCAUCAUCACAUGUAUUGCUUCUGAUCUGUCUUGUUGGGAGGUCAGGGAAAGAUGUGCAGCUACUGUGAAAGGACUUUUGGGCUGAUAAGCAGGGUUGUUGGUGUAGAAAGGGGCAGAGUCAAAUGUCAUGUUAUUUUGUUUAUUUUCAUUUCCCCGAUUUUCUAUUAGGUCCAGGCAUUGUGAGG